AUGAUAAUCCAGCCGCCAUCGCAGCCUACGUCGACGCCAUCGCAGCCUACGUCGACGCCAUCGCAGCCUACGUCGACGCCAUCGCUAAUCAAUGCGUCACCAGGCAUCAUUAGCAGUGCGGAUAGUGCAACGAUGCUGCAAAUGAUGAAUUUGCUUCAACAGCAAAUGGCACAGCAGCAGCAGCUGCUUAAUGAUUUUCUUCACGCGCGCAUGCCGAGCCAAUGCGCCCCACCCACCACGUUGCAGCCUGAACAAAUAAUUGAUACUCUGUCUCACCACAUUUCAGAGUUUCAAUACAACAAGGAGACUGGUAUAACCUUCAAAAGCUGGUUUUCACGCUAUCUCGACCUGUUCCAGAAGGACGCGGCAAGGAUCGACGACGCAGCCAAAGUGCGAUUGUUGCUGCGCAAACUGGGACCAUCCGAGCACGAUCGCUACUUAAGCUUCAUCAUGCCGAGCCGCCCGCCGGAUUUUUCACUCGAGCAGACUGUGGAAAAACUUACAUGCCUGUUCGACACCCAAGAAUCACUGCUGAGCAAGCGGUUCAAAUGCUUGCAGAUCAUGAAGACGCGGACCGAGGAUCAUCUCAGCUAUGCGUGUCGAAUUAACAAGGCGUGUGUCGAGUUCGAGCUAAAGAAGUUGAACGAGGAAGAGUUCAAGUGUUUGCUGUACGUGUGCGGGUUGAAAGACGAGAUCGACGCAGACAUCAGGACGCGACUGCUAGCCCGCAUUGAGGAUAAGGCCUUGACCUUGCAACAGCUUUCUUCAGAGUGCCAUCGGUUAAUCAACCUGAAAAAGGAUAGCGCAAUGAUCGAGGCACCGGUACCAGAGCGUGUUCUAGCAGUGCUGAUGUUAUCGACGCGUUUGCUCUAUGGUCGGUUCCGAUGGACAGUUUUUGUUGCCACGUUACAGGUACGUCUACCACGCCGAAGCAAUGGCAAGAACGGUUCCCAACAGUCUUUCAAGGAAUAG